CUGUCGAUGGCAGUGUCACUGAUCGAGGAGAAGAUCUUGGGUCGCCUCGCCAAACUCGUUGAGCCUUCUAAUCCAUUCCUCUCCGCCUCUCUAUACCAAGUUCUCGGACUUUCGAUCCUCCUUUCGAGGAAGCUAUACCGUGCACGAAAAUUACGAAAGCUCGAUGGCACGAGAGACACGAAGUCAUUGCAGCUAUACCACCACAUCAUCUGGCUUGCAAGGGAAGGCUUGUCGGUGACGGAAGUCUAUAUCUCGCCGAAUUGUCGAGAUGGCGAGCACGGGCGAGAACUCAAAGUCAUGGCAGCGAAGCUGCGAGCUUCGCUGUAUCACGUCUUCUGCCUGUUCCACAAUCAUCCUCCGCUCAGUCAGAUCAACUCAAGAUCACCAAAAUCCGGCGACAGCCCGCCCUCGAGCGGUAGAACGACAAAGAGCGCGAGGUCAACUAGACAAGCUUCGUACAUCACCAACCCGUAUGCAUCAGGGCAGACACCGCCUCCAGGACUUUUCACUUCCUCAGAUGCCCGAAGAACACCCACUCGACCUCCUGGACUUGCGCCGAUCGACAUAUCUCCAACUCAUGCGGCGGCAUCGUAUCUCCUCCCACCGCUGAACUUUGUACCAAUGGCUCGCGAACAUUUCGAAGCGGCACAGACACUUGCUGAUCGUCUGCUGCCAUCCACACAUGCUCUUCGACUCUCGAUCAUCUUGGAGCAUGCCGCUUUCCUGUGGGACUGCGCCAAGGAAUACGAACGUGCGAGAGCACUGUCUAGACGCGCAAUCAAAGAAGUAUACUCGUCAAGUGAUGGCUUGGAUGACGAUGAGUUCGCAGAUGCAUCUGCUCUUGUGCAGGCUCUUGGAGCGAUCGUGAAGCGAGGCUCGAACGAAUCGACU